CCCCGCGAGCACAAACGAGCACUUACACUGACCAUGCGAGUAAGACGUGGGGGCAUUGUGAAUUUGCAUAAAGCACUAGUUUGCUACAGUCCAUACCCGGUUAUACUUUAAUUAGCUUUGGCUGAGGAUUGGACACACUUUUGAAGGACUACGUUACGUUAACUAACUUAAAUAUCUGUUUGAAUUACCAACGCGUUUCUUCGUUUCGUCGCGGCUUGGACGUUGGUGAGACAUCACAAUGGUGGCGAUGACAAAAAGAGUCAAGGUCUUCGAGAUCGUCUUCAACGACCCAUCCAAGACCUUUUACUGCAGCGGAGAUAAAGUGGCCGGGAAGAUCUUGGUGGAGGUGCUGGAGGUGACCAGAGUGACGUGCAUGAAGGUGCUGGGAGUCGGAUGCGCUAAAGUGGAGUACGCCAAAGGCAAACAGAGAUGCCGUGAAGAAGUUGAUUAUCUGAAGUAUGAAGACGUUGUGCACCUGGAUGACCAUCCAGCAGACACAGAUGGUUCGGUCAUCCUCCGUCCUGGCAACAAGUAUGAAUACUCCUUUGGCUUUGAGCUUCCUCAACAAGGGCAACUGGUGUCUACCUAUAAGGGCAAGUUUGGGUUUGUUCAGUACUUCGUGAAGGCUCUGAUGGAAAGACCUGCUCAGCCUGCCAUGGAGUGCAGGAAGCACUUUGAGGUCGAGGAGCCCUUGGAUGUCAACACUCCAGACUUGCUGUCGCCCACCGGAGGCAUGAAGGAGAAGAAGGUCACCUGCAUGUUCAUCCCAGACGGCCAGGUUUCUCUGAACGCCAAAAUCGACAGGCGUGGCUUCUGCGAGGGUGAAGAGAUCUGCAUCGAUGCCAAAUUUGAGAACACCUGCUCUCGCAUCGUGGUACCCAAAGCGGCCAUCAUCGCCAAGCACACCUACCAGGCCAACGGCCGCACCAAGGUCUUCAGGCAAAAACUCUCCUCAGUACGUGGCAACCACAUCAUCUCCGGCAUGUGCGACGCCUGGCAGGGCAAGAGCAUCCGUGUGCCAAAGAUCAAGCCCUCUAUAUUGGGUUGCAACAUCAUUCGGGUGGAAUAUGCGCUCAUGAUUUACAUGCACAUCCCAGGCAGUGAUAAGUUGGUUCUGGAGCUGCCCUUGGUCAUUGGGACGGUUCCCUACAAUGGUUUUAGUAGCCGCACCAACAGCAUGAGCAGCCAGGAUGGUUCCGUCAGCAAUGCAUCGAAUAGCUGGGUGUCCCUGCGGAUGCCGUCUGCGCCGCCAAGCUACUGCGACGUUACACGUGACUGCAGCCUGGACCAACCUCUCACACCUCUGUUGGACGACUAUGAUGGCGGAGACAGUCCCAUCUUCAUGAACGCACCCCAAUUCCAGUUCCCCCCACUCCCUGCUUAUUCUGAGGUGGACGAGGAAUACAACGGCAACGCCCGCAUGCUUCCUGUCUGCUGAACCAAGCUGGCAGAGCACUAGAACUGAACUGUUGCCCAUCAUAAAUGGGCUUCUUUUCCACUCUAAGCACUUCAGGCGUUCACCAUGUGGAUCAGAGCUGGGUUUGAGAAGUGUCGUAUGGAUGUGUGAAAGUGACGAUGAAGCGGAGGAUUUUGGGGCCCGAGUGGCCCCUCUGCAGGAUGAGCUAGUCGAAGUUCAGAGGAAGAAGAAGUGAAGUCUGAGCUCUCUUGUGCCUGCAUUGCUGACAGCCGUCUUAUAUUAUGCAUCACUCAAAUUAAACGUGUUUCUGUCAUAUUAUUAAUGCUGUUUUGGGGGGCAGAAAGAGGACGCUCGGGCUGUGUGGCAUGCUGUACUUCAUUGUGUUUGAGCUGCUCUUUCUUGAUAUGAGAUCACUGCUGAGCUGCAAACUGAUUGUGUCGCAUUAUAGCCAUUGACUUCCCCAAUUUGUGGUUAUGUGCCUUCCAGUAGUCCCUAAUAUAACAUUAGCAUUUAGCUCAUCAUUUUCGUUAUCAUUCCGUAAUGUUGUUUUUUUCUGUGGGGUUGAAGGAUUUCAUUUGUAGAAACAUUCUUCGACACAUUUGUUUGAUUUUAUGCUGGCCGUGAGGUUAAGUUAAUGUGCUCUCCAGAGAUAUAUUAUUCUAUGUUACUGAAACGUAAAGAAGAAAUGUAGAAUACAACAUUUUUCAUCAAGGGAAAAUCAUGCAGUGUCAGUAUAUAUGAUGUACCAGUGUUGAGGCUGAUUUGUUUUUUCAUUUGAAUGCACUUUUUUUAUGGAUGCAAGUUGCUAUAUACCUACUCGCAGGGAGAUUUCCUAUGUUUUCAUUUUGUUUUUCUCUUGUCUUCCAAAAUUGUUCAUUGAGGGAUCAAGCAUUGCAUGUGCAACCCAAGACUCUGUACUGUAAUGCAUUCAAAACCUUGUCCUUACAAAGGGCUCCACUGAUGUUGCUUCUUACACUGUGGACUUGAGCAUUAGGCCAAAAAAAAAAGAACUUAAUACUUCAAGUGCCAAAACUGGGGUCUUUUUGGACUUCGAGCCCCGACCACGUUUAUUUGAGACCAGAAGCUGCACUGUGUGUAGACAUAUCCUGAAGACAUUUUGAUGAACAUUUCACUUGGGAAGAUCUUCCUGAACUUUGUAUGUGUGUGUGUGUGUUCUGUAUUCUGUUUCUUAUAGAGUGUAAGAUGACUGUUACUGUUAUUAUAAACAGUGUAAAUUUACAAUGUGCAAAAUAUCAUUUUUGUAUCUUAAGGUAAAGUGUUUUUUUUUUUUUUUAUGAGAACUCAUUUGCAAUAAAAGUUUUAAGAUUAUAUUA